AUGGAUUAAAUUUCAGAAAGACGUAGAUAGAAAAUUGAGUCAAGAAUGAGUGAUUAAGAUUUAAAAGAAGCUUAAUAAAUGGAAUAAACAGAGACAUAAGAAAGUCAAUAUAAACUAAUCUAAUAAAUCAAAAUUAAAUAAUCUUAAUAUAAUAAAGGAACUAUUUAUGUUGCAAUAUUGGUGUCUGUCAUUACAGCAUUGUUUUAAUUGUUAGGUAUAAUUAUAUUAUAUAUGUAGGUUCAAAACCAUAACUAGGAUAAAUAUGGAUUACUGCUUAGAUGAUUUUACUUAUCAUUCAUUAUUAAUAAACUAAGAAAUUAGAUAAGAAAUGUAAUUGUUUUAUAUUUAUUAUUUAGUGAAUAAUGAUGAAUUAUCAUCAACAUUAAGAUAAUUAGUAGGAAGCAAUUAAUUUAUUCUAAGUAUUCUUAAAUAUCUUUAAAUGGCUAUGACAUUUUUUAUCUAUUUCAAGAAUGUUGUAAUUGGAUUGGCAAUUUCAUAAGUUGUGUUUAUAUUAAUUGUUUCGAUAAUGUGA